ACACCAACAACGACCACUACAACAUCCACAGUGGCGACAACCAGUACAUCCAGCAGAACGGCAUCAACUGCAACACCAACUACGACCAGUACAAUAUCCACUGCGGCACCAACCAGUACAUCCAGCACAACGGCAACAACUACAACACCAACUACGACCACUACAACAUCUACAGCGGCACCUACCACUACAUCGAGCACAACAGCUUCAACUACAACACCAACAACGACCACUACAACAUCCACAGUGGCGCCAACCACUACAACAAGCACAACGGCAACUACUACAUCACCAACUAUGACUACUACAACAUCCACAGCGGCGCCAACUACUAUGACGAUCACAACUGCAUCAACUACAACACCAACUACGACUUUUACAACAUCCACAGUGGCACCUACCACUACAUCGAGCACAACUGCAUUGACUACACCACCAGCUUCAAUGACAAUGAGAACCAGAACUGCAUCUACCACUUCAACAAGCACAACUGCAUCGACUACAACACCAGCUCCAACGACCAUGAGAACCACAACUGCCUCUACCACUGCAACAAGCACAGCUGCAUCAACGACAACACCAACGACUACUAGCAUGUUGUUGACGAAGCCCCCGACUACAAGUCCAGCUACUACAGUUCCAUCAUCUGCAAUGGCCUGGAAUCCGACAACUACGACAGCAACAAUGAUGACAUCCACAACUGUGCAUGCAACUACAACAAGCACAUCCACAACAAUUUCAACUGCAUCUGCGAUAACUAUGACAACCACAAAUGUGCCUACAACUACAAUGACAACAAACAACAUAAGCCCCACAAAGACAACUGCUGCUAGUUCAGGUAAGUUUACAACAUACACAACUGCACAAAGCACUACAACAAACACAACUACAUCAACUACAACACCAUCUAUGACCACUACAACAUCCACAGCAGCACCAACCACUACAUCAAGCACAACUGCUUCAACUGCAACACCAUCUACGACCACUACAACAUCCACA